UCCUUGUUCCUCCACAAACCUCCCCGAAACCCAGAAACCCCCAGCGAGCGAGCGAGAGAGAUGGCGACGGAAGAGGAUAUCAAGAGGGAAUUCAACAGUAGCGGAUUCAAACUGAUGGAAGAGGAUGAGAUUCUCAAAAGAUGCGUUUCUUUCUGCAUAAACUACAGUCUCAAGCCGUCUGAUCUGGUUUCAAGCUGGGAACUCUAUCAUCUCAACCGACAACUCCCGGAGCAAACUGUUCAAAAGGAUGAAAUGGAUGGAUUUCUGCUGCAUCUUCAGAAUGAACGGAAAGAAUCUAUUAUCGGGGAGGAAUCGGGUCUGCAUAUUUACUCAAGUAGAGAUAUAGACAUGCUUUUGGAUGAUGUAUAUGAAGAUACAAAUGAAGUUGUUAGCACCCCGACAGACAAGUCUCACAGAUUGCAUUCGGAUCCAUAUGAUUCAAUAAACAAAACAAAGGGGUCUGGUUACUCUUCCAGGAAGUCUGUUGUGCACGUUACACCUUUCGGGCGGCGGACAAAUAAGUUUGUUGUGAAAUUCAACAUCGAUAAUCUGGAAAAAGCAGAGAACGGAACCAAUGACGAUCAAGAAAGUUGUGAAGAUGAUAUCAUUAAGAGGGUUCAAACGAGCCACAGGUGCUUGUUGAGAGUCCAUGGCUCAGGACCUGAGCCUGGUUGCAGGUUCAUGUAUGACAGAAUUGAUGACAGGUUUAACGCGCUUGAGAAUCGUAUUUCAAGGCACGCGGAUGCAUUUGUUGCGUCAGGGUUAUAUGAAGAGCCAGUGGACCCAGCUGUUGCUUCACAGAGAAGUAUAUUUGCUGUUGGAAUGAUCUGUUGUGAUGGAGAGGGGCAUUUGAAUGAGAAGUCAAUUUUAUUGCAAAGCAGUGGUGAGCGUACUUCAGGGCGACGAGUUCAGCUGGACUUGAGCAGAAUAGAUCAAUUCUCCAUAUUUCCUGGCCAGAUAGUUGGUGUGGAAGGCCAAAAUCCAAGUGGACAUUGUUUCAUUGCAUCAAAGCUGGUAGAUUCAGUUCCUUUGGCAGUUGCAGCUGACACGGAUUUACCUCCCGCUAAGAAGCAAACCGUGGAAAAGGAGAUCUUAUCAGCCGAAGAAUCCUGCACAAGAUCAGAGGUUUCAUUUAUAAUUGCUGCUGGACCAUUCACCACGACGGACAACUUGCUGUUUGAGCCGCUGAAUGAGCUGCUAGCAUAUGCAAGAAGGAAGUCGCCUCAAUUACUUGUCCUGCUUGGCCCGUUUGUGGAUUCUGAUCAUCCGGAGAUCAAGAAAGGGACUGUAGAUGCCACGUUCGAUGAAGUGUUCCAGACAGAAGUUCUCAGUAAGUUGCAGGAUUAUGCGGAAUGCAUGGGUUCAGAAGCAAGAGUGGUUCUGGUGCCAUCCAUACGUGACGCUAACCAUGACUUCGUUUUCCCUCAGCCUCCAUUCGACAUUCGUAUACCUGAUCUCGAGCAUCAGAUAAUAAGCGUGUCAAACCCAGGAACAUUGGAGGCGAACCAGGUGAAGGUGGGGUGGUGCAGUGUGGAUGUGGUGAAACAGCUGAGUGGGGAGGAGAUUGCCAGAAACCCAAGCGGAGUGACCGGGGACCGAAUGGCCAGGCUUGCCUCCCAUCUCCUCCGUCAGCGUUCUUAUUAUCCCCUGUACCCAGCAGCAGAGAGCGUGCCUCUGGAUUACUCCCUGGCUCCUGAAGCUUUGCGGAUCUCUUCCGUCCCUCAUCUUCUCAUCCUUCCUUCCGACAUGCGCUACUUCGUCAAGGAGUUGGAGAUGGAGAUGGGUGAAAGAGAAGGGGAAGGCAAGUGCGUAUGCGUCAACCCAGGAAGACUAUCCAAAGGUGAAGGAGGCGGCACCUUUGUCGAGCUUCUCUACACGUCCUCCCCUCCCUCCCUCCUCCGUUCUUCCAUCAUCGCUAUUUAACUCUCUGUAUUUUCCAUUGUAACCCCUACUACUCGAUUCUCAUCUCUUGAGGGGGUUUAGAAUUUGCCUAUUUCUUCUUUUUUUAAUCAUUUUUGUAAUGUGUAA